UUAUAGUGCCAUGAUAUGAAAAUUUACUAUUUUAUGGAACAGGGAGGACAUACAGUGGUAUGCUGUAAAGAAUAGUUGUGAGAAACGUUUCGAUGUUACAAAAGUGGCGGAAAAUUUAACCACAAGUACAUGUGCUCGAGUUUUGUUUUUGACCGAUACGUGGGAUUUUACGUUAUAUUUCACGAAAUGUUUGUGUCAGUACCAGGGAGCAAAUUAUGUUCUUUAGCAGCAAGGUCCAUGUGUGUUUAUGGCAGGUUUUAGGCUCGGAUGAAAUUAUUCUUAACAAAAUAUUACCUUUAUCCUUAGUAAAUAUGACAUUUCUCUUCUUGUUAUAAAUUCUGUUUCAUUUACCAAAGUCGAUGGUUCUAUUUCAAUUGCCGGCACUUUCUGACAUUUUUUCUAUUACUGUAAGUUCCUUUUUGAUAGAUUCAAACACAUUUAAUCAUUUCACAUUUAAUUUAGCUGUAAACGUAUUUUUGUUAAAGUGGUUUUGUAUGGCGGACGUUUGACACUGUACAAAAAGUCACACGAAAACAUCCAGUACCACAAAAAUGCAUUACUUGCUGGACAAGUUCGCCGCUGAAAAAAAAAACCUUAAGUUUGAUCAAAUAGUCAUUAGGUUCAAAGUGUAUACAAAGAGAACACAAGCGCAUGAAGGAAGGCUAACUGUUGAUGCAAAACAUGCAACAGAAUCCGUUUUUUUAAAAGUAUCUGCAUUUUGGUAAAGCACUUAAUUUUUACAGCAUACCACUGUACGUCCUCAGCCCUGAAUAUUUUUUUUAAUCAUUGUGUGGGUCUCCUGAAUUUUGAUUUGGCUAAAACGAAUAUAACACAUAUCAGAAGUUUUGGAAUAAGCGAAGUAUAAUUUUGCUUUGAUAAAUCCAGAAGAAGAUGACCGUUAAGUUUCUUAUCUUUAUCUCUAUUUGUGGCAUAUACCUAAAACGUGCGACUGCCGAUUGCAACAAUGUCUAUCCUGGUACACCAACAUUUAUGGACAACCGGUACAGAUGCCAUUGUAAAAAUGACGCACAAUGUGACCAACAGACUGGUAGCUGUUCAAGAGGAUGUGACUUUGGAUGGAUGGGACCCGGAUGUCAAUACCGCAAUAUUGCAAAAUACAUGAAAACGGUCAGGGCAAUUGGAAACACAAAUGUAUCAGCUGAGUCUGCCACCAAAGCGGUCGAUGGUGACAUUCAAACAUGUUGCAAGUCAAAUCCUAAUCGGACUGCAGGUUUACAAUGGUGGAGAAUUGAAUGGGACAGAGAUUACCUUGUGACAGGUCUCGUUCUUAAACUUCCAGUAGACAAUCUUGAGGAUUUUCGGAGUUUCCGAGUUGAGACAGGAACUGGACCUACUAAUUCAGACUUUGGAAGAAUAUGUUAUCAACAUACUAAUUCUCCGGGUUCUGUUGAAAUGGAGAUAAUGUGCGAGCAGUCCGUGAGGGCUAAACAUCUCAGAGUCAUAUUACCUAUUCCUGAUGUACCUUUAAGAUUAUGUGAAGUUGAGAUUUACGGAGGAAGACAGACGUCAUUCAAUAUGGAAACUGAUCAGUCUUCCACCUACCAGCAAUUUCAUUCUUUCCGAAGUGUAGAUGGACAUGACCUUUCACAAUAUUCUGGAAUCAGUAAAAACCUUGAAUCAUUGACAAGAAGCACAUGCUCGGCUACUGCUGGUAAUGAAAGAAAUCCCUGGUGGUAUGUGAAUCUCGGGAACAUUUUUGACAUUCAAGAUAUCUACUUUUUUGGAAGACGAAAUCAUCUAGGUAAAGCGUCACUUAGCUGCUUGAACUUUAUUUGAAAUCGUAUGUGUUCCAUGAAAAAAAUCUUAUAAGUGACAAAACAGUGAUAACAAAAUAUUCAUGAGGAAGAUACUUUUACCUUUCAAAUCUGAAAUUUUGAACGAAUUAUCUUUACUAUUUAAAGACUUAAGUAUGUCACCGAAGGUAUUUAGAGACGUGACGUUAAUAGCGUCAAAGUAGUACCGUAUAAGUACUUUUUUCUGUGGGAACUUUAUUU